AUGGACGACAGUACGGUCGAGUUUGACUUCAAGGGGGACAAUAAGCCGCUCCUGAUCGAGCUUCCCGAUGAUACCGAACGGUGGAACAAGAAGAAGCGUCACAGGUUCAAGAAGCUGCUAAAGGGAUACCACCUCCCAGGCAAUGUCGGAGCCCUUGGCAAGGUCUUCAAUGUCAUUGACAAGUCAGACAACAUCGACUACUUCAUCGCGAAGCGACACAAGCAGCCACCCCCGAAACGACACGUGAAGAGUACCCGCCAAACCCAGGAUAUGUCUGACCCAUACUGGCCAGACGAAGCCGCGUUACCUUUCGGCAUGAAGGGUGAAGAAUUCCUAGAUUACCUCAAGUCGGCUCUCGGAGAGAAAAAUCAAGGCCGAAUCAGCAUGCUUUCUCAUAGCGGGCCGUCUCCAAUAUCCGAUGCCCACGUUAUCCGAAUGGAACUCUCUGAAGGCAGCACGAUAGACACAGAGGUUUUCAAAAGCGUGUUGAGCAAUCAGCGAUCGAUAAUCGACGCGAAGACGGUACUCGAGUCCUUUUCCUUCAUUGUCAAGACGGAGGAUGGUAUCCAAUUGUAUCCGGUGCAGACAGAGCAACGCGACGCACAACUGUUAUAA